AUGAGCUCUUUGGUUCUUGGCCGUUUAUUCUACGUUCGCUCGUUUUCCGUCUUUCAACGUGCAACUUUUGCUACCCAACAAGCCGUCGAUCCUAUUCAACGUGCAUUUGUUGAGAAACUUCGUGAGUAUCAGAUGAAGUCAAAAACUGCUGAAAUGGGUCUCGUUGGUGCCUCUGAAACUCAAAUUAAAGAACUCAAAGACUCACUUGGGAAGCUAGAUAAUGUGUUUAACGCCAAAGGUGCCGACAUGACUCAAUUUCCCAUUUUACAACAUAAAGAGCCCGAACUUACCAACCCUGGGUCGUCCAUCGUUGUUGAAUAUCCCGAGCCCGUACUUCUCGAAGAUGUCGAAAAAUCAGAAAGAUUGGACGAUGUUCUGACAAAGGGACCAAUCGUUAUAUAG